AUGCUUAAAGCGAUGCGCAUGUAUAAAUCAACGUGCUAUGGAGUCAUUUUCGUGUUGUUUGCAUUCGCCUCUGCCUGGGAUCCCGUUGUUGAUUGCCCUGAUGGCGAGAAACGUGCUCAGGUCCAGCCAAUCAAGGUUGUUGAUGGCUCAAUCACAUUUGACACAACAUUAGCCAGCACAUUUCUGAUACGACAUGAGGCAUCAUAUAUCACUACUGCAGUUUUCGGCCUGGGAGACCCUUCAACGUACACCAUUCCACCGCAGGGAACACCACCGGUUGGGACUGUCAUAAAGAGAACUCCUUUAACCACAAUCACUUCAAUCAUCUCUUCAUUGACAACCGCGCGGACGCGGACACUGACUCCUGAUCAGCCUGGUGAUCCGACUACUGUUGUCAUUGAAGAGCCUGAGUACAGAACUCGAACAGAAGGCGUCGAAGUUGAUCACACAAGGACCGUCCAAGUGGGUGAUCCUGGCGAUCUCGAGACAAUCACGGUCGGCUGGGAUUAUUACACCACCUUCAUGGAGAAAGGGAGCAAUGGAGACCCUGUUACCAAGGUUGUUCAUGUUGACGACCGAACCACAAUUGUUGUUGGGCAGCCAAGAGCCACGACUAUUACCGAAACGAGGGACAUUCAGUCUCCUGUCACGCGGACGAUCCAGCCAGAUAAUUCAGGCGGUAUCAGCACCAUCAUUGUUCAGGUGCCAGGAUCUACGCCUGCAUAUACAACAGUCACACGAAUAGGAACUGUGACUGCCCCAGUAACAUCGACAGAACCUGCACGUAGCUCAGGAGGAACUGGGACGGUUCACGUCAUCGUGCCUUCAGAUCCUGUUCUAUAUGUAACUGUCACUCGCACUGGCUCAGGAACAGCGACCGCAACGUCGACGCAGCCGCACAAACACCCAGGAGAGGCUGGGAUUGUCUAUAUCGACAUCCCUGAGCCGCUGGGCAGAUAUAACACUGUCACGCGUUUCGGAACCGGCAGUUCCAGAACGUUUACUCAGACUCCAAAUGGGCCUGGUCAAGACGGUGUCGUGGUGGUUGAGAUCCCAAUCACCGACGCGGACUACAAUACUAUCACCCAAGUGGGAACUGUCACAGCCCCAGUGACUAGAACGAUUCCUCCAAGCAGCCCAGACGGCACAGGCAUGAUUAUAAUCGAGGUCCCUCCCGCACGCUGGGCUACCGUGUCUCAUAUUGGCUCUGUAACGGAACCCGUGACCCACACCAUAUCUCCAACACGCGCAGGGGACGCCUGGAGUGUUAUUGUGGAAUUACCUCCUAUCAACACUCGUCUCAUCUACACCACUCGAUAUGGAGAGGUGGGCAGCGCUUCAACCACCACUCGGUUCUCAGGCGGCUCCUCUAACACUGGCUGGGUCAUCGUUGACCUCCCUAACCCGAUGACAACUACAAUCCGUGGUGGUGACAUCGAAUCUCCAACGACUAUUACACAGGAGCCGGCAAACCCAGGAGAAACAGGCGUUGUGGUUAUAAUAACUCCAUAUAAGUACAUAACCACGACGAGAACGUGGACUGGAUCAGAAGCAACUACAAUUACACAGAAGCCCUCUGAUCCGAAUGGAGAAGGCACUGUGGUUGUUCAGAUUCCUCCAGAUGUUACUCCUUUUGUUACUGUCACAGAUUAUUGGAAAGGGUCAACAACAAAAACUACAACUUUACCUCCAUCUGGUGCAGAUAAAACUGGGACUGUCCUGGUACAGUACCCUGAAGAUUCUCUGCACUACAUUGUCACUAGCGAGUAUUGGUCAGGCUCUGAAACCCGGACGGUGAUUAUUCCGCCCACUGGACCCGGAGGUACAGGCACGAAGAAAAUAUUAUUCCCCACUGCUGCUAUUCGCUACAUUGAUACAUCUACGACCUGGACGGGAUCUACAACUCGUGUGUGGACCGAGCCUCCCUCUAGGCCUGGAGAAACAGGAGUCAUACAUCAUGACGUGCCGGCUAUGCGUUAUGUUACUGUAACAAAUUUUGGAACAGAAUCGACGACUCGUACAUACACACAAGAGCACUCUGGCUCUGAUAUGACUGAUACUAUUGUGGUCGAAAUGCCAUGGAUCACCUCCUGGACUACUAUCACCAACACUUGGACAGACUCGACAAGUCGUACAUCUACUCAAAUGCCAUCUGGCUCCGGCAGGCUAGGUACGAUUUUAGUUGAGAUACCGCCUACUGCUAUUGCUUGGACCACAACAACGGUAACGGGAAGCGACAGCAUCACUCGGACUAUUUCUCAGACGCCUUCUGGCCCGGGGAAGACCGGCACGGUCGUCGUGCUAGUCCCGUCUGCUAUCGACCAGUACAUUACUACGACGAUCAUGGGCACUGGAACCGGAACCGUUACGAGGACUCAAACUCCAACUGAGCCUGGCGCUACGGGAACUGUGAUCAUUGAAGAGCCUCCUGCUGCGGCUAAGUAUGUCACUUUGACAACAACUUGGACUGGUAGCACCACCACGACCACUACCAAGCAACCAGACUCGCCAGAUCAGACCAGAACCGUGGUUGUUUUUGUGCCUCCAAGCAUCACGCCAUAUGUUACUACUACGAUCACUGGAACUCAGACAGCAAGUGAAACCAUUACGACUACUCGAACUCCAACUGAGAGCAGUCACGGUCACUACGCUUUACUCGGGGACUUCUGUAUUGGCAGGGCCAACAACACUCUCGACGAUCCCUGCCUCUGGAUCGGUUCCUGUGCAUCGGCCAGUACUGUGACCACAGAGCUGCCCAUAAGCUCAGGCGCGGCGCCAGUGGUUAUAAUAGACUUGCCCCAGACAUAUACAACGAUAACUCGCUGGGCAACUACCAUCUCAGUCCCCUCAACGACAACUCAGACUCCUGCGAACCCAGGAGAUCCGGUCACUAUCUUGCUAGAAUCUCCGCAACCCUAUACAACCACCACCCGAUAUGGAAGUGUAUCAGCCAGUACAAUGACCACAGAAUUGCCUAUAAGCGCAGGCGCGGCGGCAGUUGUUCUUAUAGAUUUACCGCAGCCGUAUACAACGAUAACCACUUGGGGAGGUGUCUCAUUUCCCUCGACGGUAACGCAAACACCUCAGAGUAUUGGAGAAGUCAUCACGGUAAUUGAACACCUUCCUCAGCCUUACACAACAACAACAAGAUGGGGCAGUGUGACAGUGAGCAGUAUUACUACUGAGUCUGCGUCUGUUGAAGGCCAAGAAGCAACUGUGAUUAUCGAUCUGCCACAGCCAUAUACAACCGUGACUAGGUACGGCAGCGUCACAGCCAGCAGUGUCACGACGGAGAUGCCAACUAGCGAUGGACAGACUGCUUCUGUCUUCAUAGAUCUCCCGCAACCAUAUGCGACGAUCUAUAGAUACGGAGGAGUGACAGCAAGUAGUAUCACCACACAGAUGCCAACGGUUGAGGGGGAGGUAGCUUCAGUCUACAUCGAUCUUCCUCAGCCUUAUGUCACCACCACUCGGUAUGGAAGUGUGUCAGUCAGCUCUAUUACCACUCUUGACCCUGCAAGUCUGGGAGGGACGGCAACAGUGAUAGUCGACCUGGCCCAGCCUUACACAACCGUAACUAGGUAUGGAAGCGUUACAGCAAGCGCCAUCACGACGCAGAUGCCUACGGUUGAAGGGGAUGUUGCUUCAGACUAUAUUGAUCUCCCUCAGCCAUAUACGACGAUCUAUAGGUACGGAGGCGUGACAGCUAGCGAGACUACUACCGAAAAAGGCGCGAUUCCUGGCGAUACAGAUACUGUCUACAUAGACAUUCCAUUCUCUACAACGACAAUCACUGAACUCUAUACCGGCGCAUCGUCCAUUACGGGGGCUAUAGCUGUCUCGACCAUUCCUGCAUCUGGAUCAGUUCCGGCUACCAUCGUCAUGGCCACGCCGCCUGUCUUUUCAACACGGUUCCAUACUGGAGCAAGCCCGGUUUCUGGUCCAGUCACUGUGACUACUCUAUACGGGUCUGGGAGUGAUCCUGCUACUGUCGUGGUUGAGACACCGCCGGUGACCAUAACCCAAAGAUACUCCGGCUCUUCGACUGUCACCUUGACUACAAUCACACCGACUGGGACAGAGGAUGGAACCGUCGUGAUCGGGAUUCCCUCACCUCAACCUGUCACUAGCUAUCGUCCAUACUCGGGGACCUCUCCAGUCAGCGCUGCUGUCACCGUGACAACUCUUCAGCCCUCAGAUCCUGACGAUCCGGCAACUAUUGUUAUCGAGACACCCCUUGUAACCAUCACGCGGCCAUAUACAGGCACAGAGGUCUUGUCUGGUCCGACGACUGUGACUACUAUCUCGGGUACGGUGGUCGUCGAGACGCCUCCAGUCUAUCUAACACGAUUAUAUACCGGAUCAAAUGCUAUCACGGGGCCAACUACGGUUUCAACGAUCUCCCCUUCGGGCGAUCAUCCUGGCACAAUCAUCGUUGAGACUCCUCCCAUCACAAUCACCAGAUUCUACACAGGUACAGAGAUACUCUCAGCUCCUACAACUGUCACCACAAUCACUCCAACGGGUACGGAGCAGGGGACGGUGAUCGUCGAGACGCCUCCUAUUACAAGCACGAGGUUUUACACAGGCACGGAGACCUUGUCUGGCCCGGUAACGAUAACUACAAUUACACCAACAGGAACAGAAGCUGGCGUCGUUAUAGUUGAGAAGCCACCUGUAAGAGUCACCCGGUUCUAUACUGGUACAUCAGUGAUUUCCGGCCAAAUAACUGUCACGACUAUCGUUCCGACUGGUACCGAGGACGGCACUAUUAUCUAUGAGACACCGCCGAUUACAGUGACCGAGUUCUACACAGGAACAGAUGUAAUCACUGGGCCUUUGAUACUCACAACAAUAACACCGACCGGAACUGAAGCAGGGACUGUUAUCGUGGCUACGCCGCCAGUAACUAUCACUGUAUUCUAUACUGGGACAGAUGUUUUGACUGGCGUAACCACUGUUACAACAAUAACACCAACAGGAACUGAAGCAGGGACUGUUAUCGUAGCGACACCGCCAGUGACCAUCACUCAACGCUAUUCCGGGACUUCUGUUCUAUCUGGUCCGCUAACUCUGACCACUGUGACGCCUACCGGUACUGAGGCAGGGACUGUGAUCAUUGCUACACCGCCGCCGGCGACUGUGACGAGCACGCGACGAUAUACUGGCACUUCAAGUUUGAGCGGCGCAAUCACUGUGACCACCCUUCAACCGACCGGCACAAACGAUGGGCCGACCGUUGUUGUCGAAACGCCUGCACCGCAGCCAUCCACCAGUUAUCGGCAGUACUCCGGAACAUCCAGCAUCAAUGCAGCCAGAGCCGUAACGACUUAUCCGCCAACAGGCACAGACGAUGGAGGUAUCGUGGUCGUGGAGACACCAGCACCACCUCCAGCUUUCAGCUGUGAUGAAGGCGGAUACUUGAUCCAAGUCCGAACUCUCUACAGGCUCAACCUGGUCACAGGAGUCAAUUCUCUGGUAGCACAGAAUGUUGGACCUGGAGCACCUUCUGGUACAACCAACGGCGGAACCAUUAAUCCUAUUGGCUACAAUAUCAAGGAUAAUCUCAUUUAUGGAAUUGUCCAGAUUGCAACUGGAAAAAGCCAAGUCAUUCGGAUUGGUUCCACCGGAUCGUAUACGCUGAUGAACACCUUCAUUGAUGGAACAUGGAACACUGGCGAUGUAGAUUCUGAUGGCAUUUUCUGGAUCUCAACAUAUGGAAAGGCGUGGGCGAAGAUUGAUGUGAACCCAACAUCGGCAACCUACGGCAAGGUUCUUGAACAAGGAACCGCAACGUCCGCAAAUAACUGUGCUGACUGGGUAUCUGUACCUGGAGGAGGCCGCUAUCUAUAUGCUCUUCAGGGAAAUACGUCAAAGACAGUACUGGCAAGAUGGAGCCUCGACACGAAAACUUGGGAAGUGAUCAAAGACUUCGGUCAUAUCGCAGGUGACAACCUUUGGGGAGCGGCUUAUUCGGUUGGUAACAAGCUCAUGUAUGCUUCGGAAAAUACGUCUGGAGUCAUUUACCGAUUCAACGUUGAGACUGGAGCGAAAUCUCUUGUAAUUAAUGGGCCGAAGACAUCACAAAAUGAUGGAGCGCGUUGUGUCAACGCUUCACCUCUCACAUAG